GUGACAAUUAGUUAACCUCUUGUUUUGUACAAAAAUUAUAUUAAAAUAAAAAACGAUUGGUACUUUAUCAACAAUAUUCACUCAUGUCACGUUAAUAAUACGAGGAUAACAUAAACAUUUUGUUGACAAAAUAUUCAAAAACACCACAAUUUUUAGGUUAUCGUAAAAUGACAAGCUCCCAAAUUUGUUCAAAGUACUAAAAUAAAGAUAUUUCAACAAGUAUUAAACAUGUUACCACGUAGUUAUUUAUUGGCAAAGCACAUUUGUCGCCAUGCCGCAAAAUCCAAUUACGAUAAGAAUUGUCUUAUUCCUUUAGGAACUAUAAUCCGGCGGUUGAGUAUUCUCCAAGCGCAUUUAAAAAUAGUUAGAGAUGCUGAAGGCAACAUCAGCAAAAGAACAUUAGUUUUAAGCAAACAAUUAGCCAAAGAAAACAAAGUCCAAAGCAAGACCGAUGUAAAAAGCAAAGAUAACACCUUGAAGGACUCCAUAAUUAACAAUGCAUCACCAGUUGGAGAUAAAAAGAUUAUUGAAAAACCCAUCAUACAAAUAAUUGCACCAGAAAAUCAACACGAACUGCCAAAAGGAAAGGAGAAGGAACCACCAAAGGACAAAGUAAUACUAGAAAAUGUGAAAGAGCAGAGUUUAGAAGGUGAAGGACAAAAAAAUGGUGCUGUGUUGUCCACUGAACCUAUUAAAAAGUUGAAGGAGAAGAUUAUUGGUACACCUUCUGAGGAAGAACACAAAGAAGCAAAACCAGUUCAGAAAAAACGAAAACGGGUCGAUUUGCAGGCCCAAUCGUUGGAGAGGAACUUCAUCACGCCGGUAAGAGCUAUGGCCGACUUUGCCUUGAAACCCUCUGAUUUGGAACUCUUACCGAAAACAAAACGACGAUCUCCAUAUGAAGCUGAACCCCCAAUAACUGUAUAUUGGAGGAAGGACGUGGAGGCGAAAGCUUUGGAGGUUUGGGGCUCAAAAGAGAACCUCCAAAAGGAAUUGGUCAAAAGGGAUAUUGAAAAGAAAAAGUUCCAACAAAAUAUCUUCACUGUUAAGAGGAGGCUAAGAGACUACAGGCGGGAAGUCGGAAAAGCUGCAGAUGUGAUUGAGGAGGAGGCCGGAUUAAUGGGACGGUCCGGAAGAGUCGUCCUCACUGCAGUUGCAAUCAAUGGAACGAAUUGCUUGUUCAAGUUGUUCGCGUGGUUGUAUACUGGAUCUCACAGUAUGUUCUCAGAAUGCAUACAUUCCUUGGCUGACACCAUCAACCAGCUGAUUCUAGCUUUUGGCAUUCACAAAUCUGUUCAGAUCGCGGAUUCGUACCAUCCAUACGGAUAUACCAACAUGAAAUAUGUGGCCUCACUGAUUUCAGGCGUUGGCAUUUUCUGUGUGGGUACCGGACUGUCGUUUUACCAUGGCAUUUCCGGUCUGAUGAACCCGCAUCCAAUCGAAGACUUUUUCUGGGCUUAUUUUAUUCUUGGCGGUUCUUUGGUGUCUGAAGGUGCGACUUGGCUGGUUGCUUUGAAUUCAAUCAGGAAAGGUGCACGUGAGAUCAACAUGUCCGUGCAGGAAUACAUUUUCAGGGGGCAAGACCCUAGUGUAAAUGUGGUGCUGUUGGAAGACUUCGCAGCGGUUAUUGGGGUGGUGGUAGCCGCCGGCUGUAUGGGUAUUUCCACGCUUACAAACAGUCCAGUUCCAGAUGCAAUGGGUUCGUUGUUAGUCGGUUGCAUUUUGGGUUCUGUGGCUUCUUUUAUUAUUUAUACCAACGUGGCAGCUUUAGUCGGAAGGUCAAUUCCUGAAGCUAAUUUGAAUACUAUUAAUACGGAAUUGGAAUCAGAUGUUAUGAUUAGAGCUAUUCAUGAUGUUAAAGGUAUUGAUAUGGGCAACUAUUUGGUAAGAUAUAAAGCAGAAUUGGAUUUUGAUGGUAGGGAACUAACUAGGGCUUAUUUAGACAAGAAGGAUUUGAAUGAACUCCUUGAUGAUGUUAAAAAACUCGACAACAUCGAUAAACUCGAAGAAUUUAUGCUGACACAUGGUGAAAAUAUUGUAGACAUGAUGGGAGGAGAAAUAGAUAGGAUAGAAAUGAAAUUAAGGAAGAAGCAUCCGGAAAUUCGACAUUGUGAUUUAGAAAUUUUGUAGACGACUGCUUUUUCUGGCGUCCUAAUCAAAUUGUACAUUAAAUGUAAAGUCAGAGUUAAACUCAGUAUUUUAAUAACAAGUGUCUCUUCUAAAUAAAUCAAAGUUUAUUUAUUUUUAAACGAAGAUUAUUUUUUACUUUAUUGUGAUUACUUAAUGAAUCUGUAUUUUAUAUUUGUUGGCUUUAAUAAAUGCUUACAUAACUUA